CCACGCCUCUCCACGCUGCGUGCUGACGUCACCGCGCGCGGCGCGCUCGGCGGUGAUGGAGGCGGCGGGAGGCGCCGAGGACCCUCCCGUCGGGACCCUCGUGGUGGAGGCGGCGGGAGAGGCCGGACUCCCCCCGGGCAGCCCCUCCCCCUGCGACCCUCCCCCUCCCGGUGGGGACCCCCCCCCACAGCCGGGGGGGCCCCCCCAGAUGAGGAGGGGCUGGGGGGGGGCAGCCCCAGCGAUGGGGAGGGGGCUCAGGGGACCCCCCCAGGGGGUGGCAGUGGCACCAAAGGGCUGCCAGGUCACGCCACCAAGACCCUGCCGGGCUCCCCAGGCCGGGGGGGGCCGAUUUUGGGGGUCUCAGGUGGGGGGGGGUCUCCCCCCACCUCCCUUCCCCCCCCCAGCCGUGCCAAAAUGUCCCUGACGGGGGCGGGGGGUGGCAAAACCCCCCCAGGCCAAAGCCUGGCCUUGCGCCUGCUCAGCCUUCCCGGGGCUGGGGGUGGUCCUGGGGGUCGCCCCCCACCCCCUGAACCCCCCCAAAACCCCCCGGAGCCCCCCCCAAACCCCCCCGAGCCCCCCAAAAUCCACCGGGCUCGCAAGACCAUGGCCAAGCCCAGCAACGGACAGGUGCCCGAGAAGCCGAGGAUGUCGGAGAUGCUGCACUUCAGGGUGUCCGAGGAGCUCUGCGGGAUGGGGCAGCACCACGGUGGGCUCGGGGAGGGUCUCUGA